AUGGCCACGCCACAGCUUCCCGAGCAGAGUGUUUACAGCAGCAGCAUCUGGAGGUCAGCAUCCAAAUACCACUCUGUCCGCUGUCAGCUCUCUAAACAACCACAACAGCAAGCUCUCAAGUCACAGGCAGCCCGCAAUGCCGCCAUUCUCCAGCGUACCCAUCUGAUCGCAUUGGGUGUCCACGGCUUCCACCUUUUCCUGCGCCUCACCCUUGUGCGCCGUUCCUUCUGGGCAUACCUCAUCCUGUCUUUUCCCUCCCUGCUCAUUCAAUUCUGGUUUGAGCGCGUCGGUCGCCCUACAUACGCCGAGGGUCCCAAUGGCAAGGAAUUGAAAAGAGCUGGAGAAGAUCUCGAGGCCAAGGGUUUGACAGAAUGGAUGUGGGAUGUUGUCUACUGGUCAUGGGGCUGCAUUGUCUUCACCACUCUGCUGGGUGAUUGGGCCUGGUGGUUCUUCGUGAGUUGCUCCUACACCGCUCAUAUGCUGCCCUCUGUGCUGACUCGCAUUGAANNGACCGUCAUCCCCCUAUACUCGGCUUGGUUGGCAUACACAACUUUUACAGGAGCACGUCAGGGACUCAUGGGUGGUGGUGCUAUGCCCGCCGAGGGUGCCUCGAGUGGCGCACAAAGCAAGCGUCAACAAAAGAUGGAAAAGAGAGGCGGUCAGAAGAUGCAAUACAGAUAA